AUGAGUGGGCUCUUGGGCGCCAGGGACUGCCCAGGCCUGGGAGAGGGCUCCGGGCUUAGGUCACCCCUAGCCAUCGGAUUCAGGAAACCUCUCACCGAGGCCCAGUUCCGACAGCUCUUCGGGAACGCAGAGGAGGAACCGGAGCUCCCGGAGGAGCCCCGCUGGUCGGGUCUGCACAGGUUGUGGAGGCGGCAAGCUAGCGCCUGUUCCGGGUCGGGAGCGUGGCGCCUGCUCCAGGCACGGCUGCCCCCUCUGCGCUGGCUGCCCGGCUACCGCUGGAAGGCCUGGCUACUCGGGGAUGCUGUGGCCGGAGUGACCGUGGGCAUUGUGCACGUGCCCCAGGGCAUGGCUUUUGCCCUCCUAUCCUCUGUGCCUCCUGUGUUCGGACUCUACACUUCUUUCUUCCCCGUCCUCAUCUACACCUUGUUGGGUACUGGGAGACACCUGUCCACGGGAACUUUUGCUGUACUCAGCCUCAUGACUGGAUCGGCCAUCGAGCGGCUGGUGCCCGAACCCCCGGGGGGCAACCUGAGUGGAAUCGAGAGGGAGCAGUUGGAUGCUCAGCGGGUUGGGGCGGCUGCGGCCUUGGCCUUCGGGAGUGGGGCACUGAUGCUGGCGAUGUUCGCGCUGCAGCUCGGUGUCCUGUCCACCUUCUUGUCCGAGCCUGUGGUCAAGGCGCUGACCAGCGGGGCCGCGCUGCACGUGCUCGUGUCCCAGCUGCCGAGCCUUUUGGGGUUGCCCCUCCCUCGCCAGAUCGGCUGCUUCACACUCUUCAAGACGCUGGCCGUCGUGCUGACGGCGCUGCCCCGGAGCAGUCUGGCGGAACUGACCAUCUCGGCACUCAGUCUGGCCCUACUAGUGCCAGUAAAGGAACUGAACGUGAGAUUCCGAGACAGGCUGCCCACUCCGAUCCCAGGGGAAGUAGUCAUGGUCCUCCUGGCUUCAGUGCUCUGCUUCACCUCUUCCUUGGACAUAAGAUACAAUGUCCAGAUAGUGGGGGUGCUGCCUAGAGGAUUCCCUCAACCCCUAUUUCCCAACCUGACUGAGCUGCCCGGGAUCCUGGCUGACUCACUGCCCAUUGCACUGGUGACCUUUGCUGUGUCCACCUCCCUGGCCUCCAUCUAUGCAGACAAGUAUAGCUACACUAUUGACUCCAACCAGGAGCUCUUGGCACAUGGUGUCUCCAACCUCAUCUCCUCCCUCUUCUCCUGCUUUCCCAACUCAGCCACCUUGGCCACAACCAGCAUACUGGUGGAUGCUGGUGGGAAUACACAGCUGGCGGGCCUUUUCUCCUGUGUGAUUGUCCUGUUAGUGCUGCUGUGGCUGGGACCCUUCUUCUACUACCUGCCCAAGGCUGUCCUGGCAUGCAUCAACAUUUCCAGCAUGCGCCAGAUGUUCUUCCAGAUGCAGGAGCUUCCACAACUAUGGCGCAUCAGCCGCAUAGACUUUGCAGUGUGGAUGGUCACGUGGGUGGCUGUAGUGACCCUGAGCGUGGACGUGGGCCUGGCUGUGGGUGUGGUCUUCUCCAUGAUGACUGUGGUCUGCCGCACCCAGAGGGUGCAGUGCCUGGCCCUUGGACUGGCUGAAGGAACGGAGCUCUACAGGCCACUCAGAGAGAGCCACAAGUUCCUCCAGGUCCCGGGGCUCUGCAUCCUGAGCUAUCCAACACCACUCUACUUCGGGACCCGUGGACAGUUCCGCCGUUUCCUAGAGUGGCAUCUGGGACUUGGAGAGAGGGGCAAAACUCCAAAGCCAGAUGGGCCACCUGACGCAGUUGCUGAGCCUGUCAGAGUGGUGGUACUUGACUGCAGUGGGGUCACCUUUGCAGACACUGCUGGGGCCAGAGAAGUGGUACAGCUGGCCAGCCGCUGUCGAGAUGCUGGGAUCCACCUUCUACUGGCUCAGUGUAAUGCCUCGGUGUUGGGGACACUGACCUGGGCAGGACUUCUGGACGUAGUGACCCCAGAAGAGCUGUUUGUGAGUGUCCAGGAUGCAGCUGCUCAUGCCCUGGAGAGACUGGAACUCAUUGGUCCAAAAACUUGCACAGUGUGGGUCUGA